UACUUUUCUCUUUCUCUGUCUCUCUUUCUCACUUUGUCUUUUCUCAUGCGAUCGGAAAAAUCUCGUUCUCGUCUUUUAUCUCGUUAAACUGCCAAGGGCGAGAAGAAACAUGUUUAGUGCACGCGUGUUGAUUUUGACGCUGGUGAUUGUUGUUGAUGCUGUACUCUCCGAAGAGGCGGCCAAGACCAACUCAUCGGCGACUUCGAUCAAUUUGUUCCAUACAGGGGGUUCGAAAGAUAGUCAGGGCUCGGUCUCGAGAAGAGCCAUCGAGGAGACCAUCACUCCGCCGAAGUCGUCCGACUAUUCGCCAUGGAUUAAGAAAUUUCCACUGAACGACAUUCGUCGAGGACCACUCUCGCCACCGAGGGUCACCGAAGACGUUGACGAGCCCUCUACCGAGAGGCCACCUAUCAAGAAAACCAGGACGGUCGGCCCUGUGCAAGACUCCGAAGAUCCAAGCAAAUCAGCGACCACGGGCGAGAAGGACAAAUCGACGUCGUCCUCCGAGGUGCUUCUGGCCGCCGGAGGAGCCGGUGGCGAGCAGCAGCUCAAGGGUGUAGUGUCGGCGUCCGGCGCUGGACCGGCGCCUCGUUUCCACGGCAACAGACCGAGCGACGACAGGUGCGUGCACGGCUGGAGGAGCUCCGGUUAUCAUGGAUUCGGCAAGGAUAAGUAUUACGACCAUCGCGAUCGUUACCCUUAUGACAGAUUUGGCUCGGUGUCAAAACCCAACUCGGACUACUCGAACGACGGCGACCGCUACAGUCAACGGCCGAGCUCGAAUUACGAAGCCGAUCGCUUUGGCUCGGCUACCGUUGGGGGUGGCGGUCGACCCCUGCCUUAUCAGAGCUCCAACUACGGCUACGGCGGCUACAGGCCUCAGCGGCCCGGCAUCAGCGCCAGUCAGAUCGGCGAAGGUGAAGCCGACAAUCCUUACGGCGAUGGACCACCGCCCGACGCGGCCACCGCCGCCAAUAUUCAGACUCAGAAGGCGGUGGCUUUGAAGGCACUGGCUGGAGUAGCGUUGAUUGGUGCAGCGGCCGCCCUCGCCUCGAACCCCGUGCUCCUGCCAAUCAGCGUCAUAUCCGGCAAAAGACGACGCAGAAGACGUUCGACUGGAGAUGCGCUGCUGCCGGAUCAAGCUAGUAACGGCGGCGGCGGCAUCAGCGGCGUCGACAAUUACGCGCUCACCGCUUUGCUGCAGGGCUACAUCCAAGCCAAGCCCAACAAGGUAUCAAAAGGCGAGACUGAAACGGGCGAAAAGCAGCAGCAGCAUCAUCAGCAAGAACUGGUCAUAAGUCCCGAGUGCGUGGCUCGACUCGCUUGCAACGUGCAUCGAGAUUAUCUGCUGGAGCUGGACAAAAAUCGCGAGCUGUUUGCCGGCAACGACACCGAGGCUCAGGCACUGCACGGCCUGGAGCACUGGUUCGACAGCUUAGUUCACAGUAACAUAUUGGUUGCGGAUUAUCUCUCUAAUGAAGUAAAAACUAUGAUUCAAUCGGCAGUAGAAAUUGGAUCGAACAGGAAUGCCACGUGCGAUGUAUUCUCUUGCUUGGAUACGCCACCAUCGUCAGCGCAAUCGCCUGACGAUAAGAAGACUCAUUGA